AGCUCCAAGCAGAAGCAAGUGCAUCAAGACUAGGAUCUCCUCCCACAUGAACUUUGGAUGGCUUGAGAACUAUAAAAUGUGCUCCUAGCCCCUUCCAGUGUGGACAGCGUGUUAGACUCACACACAGAGCAGCCUCUUUCCACAGCAGGAAGUUUACUCUUGUAUUUGAUUGUGGGAGCACAAUUCUGACAAAAACAUCAACGGAGCGCAGAAUCCCUUUAAAUUGAAAUUGAUUUUCAUGGGGAGAAUGUACCGAAUCUGGAUCAUCCUUUGCGCACUGCUCCAUGGUGCAGAAGGCUUUGUUAUCGAGAAUGCUCACCAUAGCCUGUGCUUUCAAGCUGUCUUGGAGUCCGACAGCCUGCUAUUAGUGGAAUGCAAUCUGAAAUCCAGCUUUCAGCAAUGGUUCUGGAAAGACGGGCUCCUCUUAGUCAACAUGGCUACGGGGAAGUGUCUCUCAGCCCACAAGGCAGAUUCUGUGCAGACCGCUGCCUGUGAAAAUGCAGCUCACCUCCAGUGGGACUGCCACAACAUGAGACUUAUCUCCAAGGAAAAUUCACACUAUCUGACAGCCAACGAGAGCAAGGUUGCCUUCCUCUCCAGCAAGAGGAGCAGUAAUUCAGAGUGGAGGGGUUCCACUGGGGACGUUGACAUCUGCAAGGAGAGACUGGAACCACACAGACCAACAAUAAACGCAGCUGGUUCUAAAACGGCCCACCCAGACCCAGCUUCACUUGCAGGUGAAAUGCAGGCAGAUGUAAUGACUGACGCGCAAAGGGAAGAGUUACUGUGGUUGUACCGCACCGAGGACCCGUCUCCAUGGAAUUAUGCCAUUCUUGCAUUGUCUUUUGUGGCAUUGCUGUCAGGUUUUCUUAUCUUGGGACUCAGCUCAAUGGCUAAGAAAAGGAAGGUUACAGCACAAUACAAGGCAGCAUUGAAUGCAGAAAAACCCCUGCAGAUGGAACGGAUGCUGGAGCAAGAGAAACAAACACAUGUCCCUUUCAGUCACACACUACCAUCAAAGACUGCUGCGCCGGACUCUCCUAAAUCAGGCAACAUCACGAUCCAGUGGAAGGACGGGAACGUUUCCACCCUCUUCCAAGACGAUCGCGAGGAGAAUGUGUAGAAGCAAGCGCUGCUAUUUCAAUUGACAAAUUAUGUGAAACAGAAACGAGGUUAUGGUCAAACACUGAAAGGUCAAGCAUUAUUAGAUACAAUGCAUGUUUUAUUAUAUUAUAAUGUAGAUAGGAUUUCCAUUGCAUACAUGCUUUAGUAGAUCAUGUGGAGCAAAGUCUGUUUUCUCCAUUUGGGUUUGAUACGCAAACCACAUAUGGUUAAGAAAAUUGUUCCAGGAUAGGUAAUGACCUUAUUAUGAUUUAAAAGUAUAUUUUAAUGUUUUCCCAACAAAAAUAAGGUUGAUUAUCCCACAUUGGUCUACUUGAUCUGGAAUAACCCAUAUGCAAUUUGUUAAAUUUACAAACUUCCUGGCCUCUUCAUAAUCUCAAAUAUAGUCUGAUAUGAAUGUAUGUAGAAUAAGUCAGGCGUGCAGCUCAGCCAAGAUUCCUUUCAGUUCAUCCACGUGCAGGUUUGAAUUUGUCAGAAGAAAAACAACAAAAAAAGUCUUACUUUUUAUAACUAGCUUCUAAGAAUGCCAUCAGCAAGUGAUAGCUAAAAAGCAUUGCAUUUACAUUGGGCAUGCAUGCUAAUGCAGUAUCAUUUAUUUAUGUAAUGGUUAAACCCUAAUUGCCUGUAAAUGUUUGGUUUUUACAGGUGGUUUAAAAAGAAUCCACCAAAAUAUUUGAACUCAUUUUUACAUGUAGAGAUCCCUCCAUAAAGAACUUAAUAAUAUCUACUACAAAGCUGAUGUUUUAUGCAAUUACCUGUAGAACACACUAUCAUCUGUCUUAAGUGAACACAAAGGUUUAGUUCCUUUUGAUAACAGCUGGUUAAUUCAGGUGUCACUGUGCACAUAAAUCACCUGCCAGCUUCUCCAUUCUCUCAACAAAGUCAUUCAUUUGAAAAAUAUAAAUGCAACUGGGGAUAAUGUCUGCAGCAUUUUUAAUACAGUACUGGUACAACAGGGAAGAUAAAAGGCUCUAUUGCAUGCUUAUUUUGCUAAUAAAUACUUUCCAAGAGAUAUACUGUGAUCAUUGUGGAACAGACAUGAAUAGCGAUUGGUGGAGCUGGAAGCAACUGUUGUACCGAGUGCUAUAAAUUGAAUUAAAAUCCAUACAAACUAUUCAAAUACAUGCAAAACCGUUUGUGUUUCUAUGGAGAUACUCUCAGUAAAUUAAACACAGGGUUAUUAUUGUGUACAGUAUUUUACAAUGCUUUGAAACAUUCUGAGAGCUAUUAAUAAUAAAAAAGUCAUUCAAAAGUU